GAAUUAUGUCACCGCGCAACGGCUCGUGUAUGGCCGAAUCGAGCUCCGUACGCAGUUUGUCCUCCGAUGAUGUUUCUACGAGUAAAUCUUCUAAGAAGAAAUCCUGCUGGAAGCGCGCGACUGAUCCAGCUCACCGACGUGGUCGCCGGAUUCAAUUACUUCAAAUGCUCGUGCUUCCUUUUAUACCUAUACUUGCGCUCAUUGUACAGACUGCAAAUACUCUUCAUGAUAUACUUAUCUAUCGGCAAGAAGUAUCCGAUAUUGAGGCUCAGGUUACAAUUGCCACCGACCUGGGUAAGGUCGUCACCGGGAUGCAAUUGGAGCGCUCCGAAGUUGCCUUCUUUAUUUACACAAAUGGCAGCCGGUUAAGAUUCAAUUUGACACAGCGAGAAAAAAUCAGCCCGGAAGAAAGCACUAUGGCCGAAGUAAUGGCCUGGUACACCAGCGUCAACGCGGCAAUGCUGGACAUUUUGACCAAUCAAAUAAAAGAAACGGACAACAGCGGCGUUUGGAGAUACCUGAUAGCUUUUAAAAACCUGCUGAGGAGUAUCGAGAGCAUUGGCAUUGCUUCUGUCUACGGUAUCAAUUACUUCGGACGAGGGAUACUCAUGGGCGACAAUUACGUCAGUUAUGUUCGACACGAAGCGCUUGGAAGAGAUCUCUUGAACGGAUCGCUUACCUAUGUUCCAAGCUUGAAGAGUUUGAGGGAUGAAAUACUGAGAAACUUUCGCCGUGAACCAAACUUUGAUGACGCUAUAGCUUAUUUCGACUCGAUGGCGAUGUAUGUUGAUGAGUUACGUAAAUUGCAAAGCGCGUUACGGGAUAUGAUAAGAGACUAUGUUAACUCAACGUUAAAGGACGCGAGCAAUAAACAAGCAGCAGGGAUCGCUAUUGUCGUGCUAGUGCUCGUUAUAUCACCGAUAAUUAUUAUUCUCGUCCGCAACGCUGUCGCAACCAUUCAGAUGUAUGCCGCUAACUUAGCGCAGAAAGCUCGAGAAUUAAAGCGUGAAAAGCGUAAAAGCGACACCUUACUUUUCCAAAUGUUGCCACCGAGCGUCGCCCAACAGCUCAAGCAAACGCAGCAGGUCCCCGCUGAGUACUACGAGGCAGUUACUGUUUACUUUAGCGACAUUGUUGGGUUCACUGAAAUUGCCGCAGAAAAUACGCCAUUAGAGGUCGUGACAUUCCUGAACUCGGUGUACAAAUUAUUCGACGCACGUAUAGAGUGUUAUGAUGUUUACAAAGUGGAAACCAUUGGCGACUCUUAUAUGGUUGCCUCCGGGCUACCCGUCAGAAAUGGUGACAAACACGUUUCGGAAAUAGCAACCAUGGCGUUGGAUCUUCUAGCGGCUUCGUCGGUGUUCCAAGUACCAAAGCGGCCGGGUGAGAGGUUACAAAUACGCAGUGGUGCUCAUACCGGUCCAGUAGUUGCAGGGAUUGUUGGUACAAAAAUGCCCCGCUACUGUUUAUUUGGCGACACUGUCAACACUGCAAGCCGAAUGGAGUCUACUGGCGAAGCUCUGCGUAUCCACAUAAGUUUAGAAAUGAAGAAAGCCCUGGACGCAGUGGGAGGUUUUAAAAUCGAGCAUCGCGGGCUAGUGGACGUGAAAGGCAAAGGGCUGAUGGACACUUACUGGUUAGAAUGCAAAGAUGGCGGAAUAGCACGAGCAGCUGAGCUAGACCUUCCGACCUUCUUCGAGGACAAGCCCGGAGCUCCAGGAAAAAAGACCCGGCUGUCCCAGCCGAAUCUUCACAUAGCUCCCGUGAAGGAACCUCCACAAUCGCAAUCCAGCAUCGAGUCCCAGGACUCAAACCUAACCUACGAGUGCACUAGGUCGACCAAUCCUCCAAGCUACUCCCCAGCCAGCCAGCGAAGCAGGUACUCUCAACCUAACUUACCGACCUUGAUGAUUCCUUACAGCGACAUCCACCGGCACAGCGUGUCACCUGACCGACGGAUCAGAAUGUCCCAGCCAACGCUGUACUCCAGCUUCUCCGGGAUGAGUUUCACCAGCAUGAAAGGCCACAAGCUUUCCUACUCCAGCCUCCGAACCUCCGGAGACACCAGCAUCAACAUCCCCCACCAAGAAGAGCGUCUUUCCAUCCCUAAUGUCCACUCUAUGCAGCUCGGCGAAAAUGCCAAGUACUAUGGCGCCCACCGUGGGUCCAGGUUGUCGCAGCCGGACAUCCGGCGAAUGCUGAGAGCUCCAGACCCGAAUAAACGCGAGCGGCUGUCCCAGCCGACUCUGGUCACCGGUGACUACUAUCCUCCACGCAUGCAGCACCAGAGGUUAUCCCAACCCUGCUUGCUGAGCACCUGGAACGAGAAGCCAAUUGGUCUACUCUCGCCGAUAAAGCAGAAACGCUUCGGACCGGCUGUUAAGGUAAGUCAGCGCGAGCGCCUCGCUUCUCUGGACUUUGGAACCAGGUUCCGGUACAAGGAACCCAAAGGGAACAGAGAUCGGUUCUCCAUUCCGGAACUGGAGACCCAGAACGAUCUGAAGCUUAUGGCUGGAUCUCCAAAGCAGAGAUUUAGUCUUGACAGUCAAUUGAAUCCUGACAAUAGAGUCAGGAGGCUCUUACCGAUUGUUAGCUCGCCGAUCUUCGAACAUGGGUUGGGUAAAAACGGACACUUACCGACUGAUGGUCUCGAGAGUGUGAUUGUCGCUACAGCAACACCUCUUAUGCCUCCGUCGGACCGACAGUUCCUCGCGCCUAUUCUCAAAACUCCGAUCGCACCGCUUCCUUCUUUACCGGUUCCUGCGACCUCUCCGAGGGAGCGCAUGUCUGUCCCGGAAAUUCGCAGCGCCAGCUUGAGGAGGUUACUCGAUCCGCCGUCGAAGCAGCGACACAGCAUCGCUGGGCUCAGACAGACCAUUGUUCAUCAGGAGACCAGUCAAGAAAACGAUGAUAAAGAACCGACUGAUGGUAAAACAGUUACUGAGGUUGAGAAAGUGGAGGUGAAUCCUGGGACUGAAGAUGUCAAGCCUAAACAUAUUCAGAGACACUAUUCCUAUACUUAUGACACGAAAGACGAGCCGAUGGAAGUUAUUGGCAAGCUCAGUGUUAAGUUACCCAAAAAGAAAUAUCUUGAAAGCAACUUUGAUGAGAACGAACAGGUUAUUACCACGGUUAUUGAAACUGAGAUACCUAUGAUACUCUCCAGUCCCAAGUACAUGAAGAAGACUCAUGUCUAUGGCAGCGAGGCGCCCAAGUGGAUGAAAAAGUGCCUCGAGACUCCCGGGAAGAAAUUUGAUUCCGACAAGAAUCACGUGCUCAAGCUUAACAACCAGAGGAAUAUUAUUAAAACGAACAAGAGUCCAGAGAAAAAUAAAAAGAGAAUCACUUCCCCUUCUAAAGGUGCCACGAGAAAGUAUCCUGAGAUCAAGGAGAAUAUUGGAGAGGUUACCUCACCUGGAUUGGGUGUCCAACAGUGCAAGACGAGCCCUAAAGAUACUUGUGUGAGAAUUAAACCUUCGGGGAAUGGAGAGACUAAGUAUCAAGUCGCUAUUAAUUCGGAAUUCUCCGAAACUGAUAUUUGUAGGUUGUAUGGAAUCGAUUGCGAUACUGACAGUGAAGAUUCUACUUCGGUA